GAGCAGGAGGCAAGAGUAGGUAACUUAGGUUUCCACUUAGCAUGAAUUAAGUGAUAUGAAUAAGCACUGUGCUCAAUGAAGAUCAAAUCUUAAUGUCUGACUUCAGCGCAGAAAUAGAAUUACCACUGAUUUCCAGUACAUUUAGCCUUUUUCCCCCUUUUGUUUUAAUUAGUGCACAGAAGCCAAUGCGUCCGGGUUUCCAAACAAAUGAGUACACUGAGGCCCAGCUUCAAGAGAUUGUCAAAAAACUUCGUGAAAGGGCAAAUGUGUAUAAGGAAAAGCUGAAUGAUCCAGUAAUAUCUUCACCUGAAGCAAGUCCUCCAGUUUAGGAGGCAGAAGCAAAGCCAGAGGAGGAUCAUUACUGUGAUAUGCUGUGCUGUAAAUUCAAAAAACCUCCACUGAAAAAAUAUAUGGACUAUAUGAAGCUACCAGAUACCAUUGACUCAUAUACAGAUCGCCGUUACGUGGCAUGGCUCAUGCUUGUGACAAUCGCCUAUAACUGGAACUGCUGGUUUAUUCCCCUGCGCUAUGUGUUCCCCUACCAAACGCCCAGUAACACAAUAUAUUGGUUUGUCAUUGAUGUAAUGUGUGACAUCUGCUACCUGUGCGAUGUAAUCAUUUUCCAGCCCCGAGUGCGGUUUAUCCAAGGGGGAGAUAUAAUAGUAAACAGAGUGGAGACCAAGAAAUUCUACCACAGCUCUGUGAAGUUCCGGCUUGAUGUGAUAUCAGUGUUUCCAUUUGACAUUUUAUACUUCUUCUUUGGAUUUAAUCCAGCACUUCGUGCAAACAGGAUGCUAAAGCAUAACACGUUCUUUGAGUUUAAUGAUCGUUUGGAAGCUAUUAUGGAAAAAGCAUACAUCUACAGGGUCAUUCGAACUACUGGCUACUUGCUGUUUAUCUUGCACAUUAAUGCAUGCCUGUAUUAUUGGGCUUCAGACUAUGAAGGAAUUGGCAGCACUAGAUGGGUGUAUGAUGGCGAAGGAAACAUGUACCUGAGGUGUUACUACUGGGCAGUUCGCAGUUUAAUCACCAUCGGUGGCCUUCCAGAACCACAAACUCUGUUUGAGAUAAUUUUUCAACUUCUGAAUUAUUUCAUGGGUGUCUUUGUCUUCUCCAGCUUAAUUGGUCAGAUGAGAGAUGUAAUUGGAGCAGCAACAGCAGGGCAGAACUAUUAUCGCUCCUGUGUGGACAACACUGUCUCCUACAUGAACACUUAUUCUAUUCCAAGAUUGGUGCAAAACCGUGUUCGAACUUGGUAUGAAUACACAUGGGACUCUCAAGGAAUGCUGGAUGAAUCAGAAUUACUGGAGCAGAUGCCAACCAAAAUGCAAUUAGCAGUUGCAAUUGAUGUGAACUUUGCCAUUGUCAACAAAGUGGAGUUAUUCAAAGGCUGUGAUACCCAGAUGAUAUAUGACAUGCUGCUAAGGUUGAAAUCCAUCGUAUAUUUACCUGGUGACUUUGUCUGCAAAAAGGGGGAGAUUGGCAGAGAGAUGUACAUCAUCAAGCAGGGUGAAGUUCAAGUCCUUGGAGGCCCUGAUGGCACCAAAGUCCUGGUUACACUCAGAGCAGGAGCUGUAUUUGGGGAGAUCAGCCUACUAGCUGCAGGUGGAGGAAAUCGAAGGACUGCCAACGUGGUGGCUCAUGGCUUUGCCAACCUUUUCAUUCUGGACAAGAAAACACUCAAUGAAAUCUUGGUGAACUAUCCUGACUCAGAAAAACUUCUCAUGAAGAAAGCAAAGGUGCUGCUGAAGCAGAAGGGAAAACCUGCUCCAGGACCACCAGUGCAACAACCACGAGGCUUGGCCAGUCUCUUUGGGCAGAAACAGGAAACUCCGAAAUUGUUUAAAGCAAUGCUUGGAGGAAAAGGAAAAGAAGGCCUUGCUAAGCUGCUGCAGCUGAAGAAACAACAAGAAACUCAGGAAACUCAAGCUGCAACAGAGACCAAGCCUAAAGAAGAGGAGAAGAAACCAGUGGAGCCCCCAGCCCCCUCUGCACCCCCUGCUCAAAAAGAAAAGCCAAAGGCAGAUGCUAAGCCUGCAGUUAUGCAGAGAACAACCAGCAAGGAGUCUCUGAUCAUUAGUAUGACACCAUCCCCCAGAGCAGAAGAAGGAGAGAUCCUUAAAGUCGAAAUUAAAGAGAAAGAAAAGAAAUAGAUAGUGCUUUGGGGUGUGGCCCAUCUCUUCAUCUUGCUGCAUUCAGAGGGCUGGCUGGACUUUGCUUUUGAGUAUAGAAUAUAAAAGCAGAAAGUACGCAUGAGAAAAAUCUACUCGAGCUCCUUGCUCCUUGCCCUC